UAAAUGAGAAUCGUUUCUAUUUAUUUUUUUUUUUUAAGUAGAUAUCAAAUUUCACUUUUUCAUGAAAUAAAAUGCAACACAAAAUUAAAUUGCAAAAUUAUUAUAAAAUAUUUAAAAUAUUUAUUGUUUCCAGAUUUGGUGUUGAUUUCACAAAACAAAAACCGGCUUUCAAGGAAUUUGUCAAAAAUUUGUUGAUGACAGUGAGAAAAAAAUUUUCGUAUUCAACAAUUUUUUCAAAUUUGGUGUUGAUUUCACAAAACAAAAACCGGCUUUCAAGGAAUUUGUCAAAAAUUUGUUGAUGGCAGUGAGAAAAAAAUUUUCGUAUUCAACAAUUUUUUCGAAUCCGCUUGUGGUGUCACGUAUCUUCAAAGUUAAGGACGCACAGAAUUCUUCAUAUUCAGACUAUUUAGAACUCGGUCUAUUUUUUACGAUAUUAUUUUUCACAUUUUUUAAAUGGAAAUUUAACUUUGAAAGUAGGGAUCUCCGAGGGCUAUUUAGUUUGAAAGAAUAUGAAGCUGAAAAUUCGUUAUUAAGCUAAACAGUGCGCAUACGGAUACCACUUUGGACCUGGACCCCAGAGCUAUAAUUCAGGAUCCAUCAUCAAUAUCG